CACAGUCAGUGUGUACAGUGCUGCACCAUGAUGCCGCUCUGCUGGUUUCUACUGUUGCACUGUCUGUUUGCCAGCGCAGUGUACCAGGAGUCUGGCGACAGUGUCUCCUUGCUGUGUUCUUCUGCAGGAUGUUCCUCGAGCAUUGACGGGUACACCGGGAUGUAUCUGUAUCAGGAGCUGAAGGAGGUGGAAGAGGUGUUGUACUAUUCAGAACCGACUCGCAAACUCACCCCGCGGACCAGAUUCGUGCACAGGAUUCAGAUCAGCGGAUCUCUGAAGAACCUCACCAUCACCAUCAGGAACCUGACCGUGGACGACGCCGGCUUCUACAAAUGUGCCUACAGGAAGAUGCAGCACGAAGUCCAAUGCAACGUCUACUCACUUUUUGUAAGAGAUCGACACGUAGUCCCCGUCGUAGAGGAUUCUGGUGGACUUCAGGAAGUCGGCGUCCUGCAGCCUCCUCCCUCAGCAGAGCCCUGUGCUUCAUCACCUCUGCUACUCAUCGUCGCCAGCUGCAUCAUCGCCGUACUCAUAAUCGUGAUCUUCAUCCUGCUGAUCAUCCUCAGGAUGAAACAAUGGACCCGCAGCAGAGCGCCAACAGAAACCGGACAAACCUCCGAUUACGUGUACGAGGUGAUGACCAAGAACGGCCUCCGCCCUGUCGCACCUCCACAGCAGUCACAACCCAGCCCGUAUGACUUUGCUUAGCACUGCUGCAUCUUUUCUUCUUCAUCGUUGGUUUUGUUUUAUUUGACUCUUUAAUAAACACGCACAAGACAAAGUGUGAAAUACAACAACAUAUAUAACACACAAGUGUGAAAUACAUCAGGUUCCACAGCUAAACACUUUAUAUUUGUUUGCUUUGAACGCUUUAUCAGA